GCAGUGUGCGCCCAUGGUUGCAUCACAUGACCCGUUAAUCCUCCAUGUAUUUCCGCGUUCACGGAGGCCGAGCUGUUAUCAAUGACUCCCCGUGGCUGUGCAGCGCCGGACCUUCUGCACCGGAGCCGAUCUCCUCAUCCCUCUCCUCCGGCUGCGGCUGUCGUCUCCGCUCCGAAUGCAUGAAGCUCUAACCACCUGAGGUCCUCUUCCUCCUCCUCCUCCGCCGCCUCCUCUUCCUCUUCCUCCUCCUCCUACUCCUCCUCCUCCUCCGCUGGUUCUCCAUCGAUCUGCGACCGUCCGAACACCGCGAACGAGCUGGGGGGGAAUCCGGGCAAAGGGAGCCGCGGUGCCUCGCACUGCCCGACGGACGACCCGCCGCGACGCGCCACCAACAUGCUCACCCGGGUCAAGUCAGCGGUGGCCGGCUUCAUGGGCGGCAUGAUGCCCGGCGGCGGGGGCGGCGGCGGCUCCGGCGCAGCCGGCGGCGCCGGCUCCGAGCUGCCGCUGAAAUUCCCCUACAUGAGACCCGAGUUCCUGGGGUUGUCGCCGGAUGAGAUCGAGUGCUCCGCGGACCACGCAGCUCGGCCCAUCCUCAUCCUGAAGAAGACGCGCAGAUUGCCGUGGGCCACCGGAUACGCAGAGGUGAUUAAUGCCGGUAAGAGUGCGCUGAAUGAGGACCAGGCGUGCUGCGAGGUGGUCGUAACGAGAAGGAGGCCGAUGAGCUACUGCCCCCCCUCCACGCCCAGCAAGACCCCGACGACCAUGAAGCGCAACUCCCUUCCCAACGGAGAGGGCCUGGGGCUCCGGGUGGAGCAAAGCAAUCUGGGAGAGGACAGCGAGGGACUGGUCUUCCACUACUGGGCCCUGUUCGACGGCCACGCCGGCUCCGGCGCGGCGGUCGUGGCCUCCCGCCUGCUUCAGCACCACAUCGCCCGUCAGCUCCAGACAGUCGUCGAGAUCAUACGAAACGCGGCCUCGCCGCCCCCGACCGUCUUGGGCGAGGAGCCCGACAGCAACCCCUACCUCCAGGGGAACCCCGCGGGCCCCCAGCGAGCCCUCACCCGGGCAGCUUCACUGCGCGGGGCCGCGGGCGCGCCGACUUCCCCGUGCAACACCCCGCCUCCGGCGCGCUUCUUCACGGAGAAGAAGAUCCAGCACGAGAGUCUGGUGAUUGGAGCCAUAGAGAACGCCUUCAAAGAGAUGGAUGCCCAGAUCGAGAGGGAGAGGCAAGUCUUUCACAUCACAGGAGGAUGUACAGCGCUCACAGUGGUUUACCUGCUCGGAAAACUAUACAUCGGGAAUGCAGGUGACAGCAGGGCCAUCGUCAUUAGACACAAUGAGAUCAUUCCCGUGUCGACAGAGUUCACACCAGAAUCGGAACGCCAGCGACUCCAGUUCCUGGGUUUCAUGCAGCCUCACCUGUUGGGAAAUGAGUUCACCCACCUGGAAUUUCCUCGGCGGGUUCAGAGGAAGGAGGUGGGAAAGAGGAUGCUCUACAGAGAUUUCACCAUGAACGGAUGGGCGUACAAGACCAUUGGGGAUGAAGAUCUCAAGUUCCCCCUAAUAUAUGGGGAAGGAAAAAAGGCGCGUGUCUUGGCCACCAUCGGGGUGACUCGAGGGCUCGGCGACCAUGACCUCAAAGUUCAUGACUCCAACAUCUACAUCAAGCCGUUCCUGUCCUGUUGCCCCGAGGUGAAGGUGUACGACCUGAUGGAGUACGAGCACGGGGCCGACGAUGUUCUGGUGAUGGGAACCGACGGCCUCUGGGAUGUCCUCUCCAACCAGGAAGUCGCCGAAACCGUCACCUCGUUCCUGGCCAACUGUGACCCCGACGACCUGCGCAGGUACACCAUGGCGGCACAAGAGCUGGUGAUGCGAGCACGCGGCGUGCUCCGCGAGCGAGGCUGGAGGAUCACCAACGAGCGCCUGGGCUCCGGAGACGACAUCACCGCCUUCAUCAUCCCGCUGAUGUACAGCAACCGUCAGCCCUGAGGAGAGCGAGCGGGUCGACUUGGGCCGAGAAUCCCUGUUCUGAGUUUCCUGGUUGCCGUUUGCACACGUUGUCCCCUCAGAGUGACGUUCUCAUGUCUGUCUGAUGUUUAGGUUUUUGUCCGCGUUUCGUAUCUCUGCGGGAGUUCAGAGGUUGCUAGAGGGAGCUCCGCUUUGUUUGGUCUAUUUACGAAAGGUCAGAAAAGCGAGACAAAUAUUGUCUACAGGCGGUAAUUCGAUUUUUUUUCUUUUUUAUUCGGGGCACAGAUCUAAAUUUGAUGGAACAGCGACUGAACUUCUGCACGGAUGUGAAAGCUGUGAUAGAUAGGUUCUUCCAAAACAAAGAAAAAAAAAAACCCUCUUCUCUUCCUCCCCCCUCUUCCUCCUCUCGCCGGGCUUUCUUCCUACCACUCCUUAAACUCCGCCGCUCUCCUCCUUUACUGUACGGUCGCCUCGGUUUUAUAAAUGAAAGUAGACUCUUUCGUCUCGCCACCACGGACAGAGGUGACUCGGCUCGGAUGCGUGUUCAGUUCUGCCUCAGUGCAACUUCACAGGAGUCACCGGCUCGGGAACUGCUACCACAUAUUGCUUUUUAGAUCACAUGACGGAUUGCAGAUUUUUGGCUCGCUCCGAUCCAAGCGGAACUGUUUUUUUUUUUUUUUU